UCAGGAACAGUUAACUCAUCACCAGCACACAGCACAUCCUCAGCAGCCAGGAGUGCAGACUAUGUGAAUGAUGAUGAGAGCAUGAUCCACGCAGAUGUUCAUUCAAUCCACUCAAUGGACGAUGCUUUGUUACCAAACCGCCAGACUUCCCCAGUGCUUCCCAGGCACAGUGUCCCUUCAAGAAUUGAGCAGGCUCACAGAGAUUUGAAAGAUGAACAUGAGCGGCUCAUUAAAAAUUAUAAUAGCAUAUCUGUAGAAAAUCUGAAACUUAAAGACAAA